AUGGCUUUUUCGGAGGAUUUUCCGCCAGAAAUCAGGAAAGAUGUGAAGAGAAGAAGCAGAAAAAGACGAAUGGCAAAAAAGAAAGACCUUGAAGAGCUAAUUAGCGUCGCUACAAGAGCCGCUCAUGUUGCAAGAGACAAAGGAUUCUACAUCGCCUCUCCUGAAGCCAUACAAUGCGUUGAAGUUCUCAGAAUCAUUCGAAGCUUGCCUCUUACUCCUCGUCUUAUUACCAAAACUGACGCCUUUCGCGCUCUUCAGUUCCUCGCCAAGAAUGGUAACCCUAAAAUCCGGUCUGAGUCGAAAUCCGUUGUAAAUCACUGGAAGCGCAUUUUUGCAAACGAAAUCAAUUACAGUUGA